GAGCAUCGUUCAAUCCGCGAGACACUGUCACGAACCACGUCGGCUUGGUGCAGCCAGAAUAACUCGUACUGAGGGCACAUGCCAUGAUCGUACGCAAUGAUCACCUCCCGUCGUCUUGGUAUAAAUGGGAGGGACAUGAAUGGCGUGCUGAUGCAUCUCGAACCCGUCUAUCCUACUCGAAGUCAUUGCAGACAGUUAUCAUCGCCUUGCAAUCAUAAUGGUAAUCAAGGUCGCAAUAGCAGGGGGCACAGGAGUGCUCGGACCGUUUCUAGUACAGGGCUUGGCUGCAUCUGGCAUGGAUAUCACUGUACUCACUCGCAAGGAGAGCGUGUCUGGUUUACCUGCCGCCGUGUCCAUCCGUACGGUGGACUACGAUUCUGUCGAAUCGCUCACGGCAGCUCUCCAAGGCCAGGAUGCCGUUGUUUCCACCUUAGGCCGGGUUGCCACGCUCAAGCAAAAGGCGCUCGCCGAUGCUGCCGUGGCCGCCGGCGUCAAGCGGUUCAUACCUGCCGAGUUCGGUAGCGAUACGCUGAAUCCCAAAGUGCGCACUGUGCCGAUUCAAACCGACAAAGUGGAAGUCCAGAACUACCUCCGGGACCUCAGCGCCAAGAGCGAGCUGACAUACACCCUCCUCAUCACCGGGCCAUUCCUCGACGGGUACAUCCAGCACGAUUACAUCCUCGGCAUCGGUGCCUUGAAGAAUCGCAGGGCCAUGCUUCUCGAUGGUGGCGAUAUUCCCUUCAGCGCGACAACCGUCCCACACAUCGCACAGAGCGUUGCCGCCAUCCUCCAUCAUCUCGAAGAGACGAAGAACCGGCCGGUAUAUGUGGAGGAUAUCGUCCUCACUCAGAACCAGGUCUUGCGCCUUGCGCAGGAGUUGACUCUCGGGGGAACCUGGACCAUCAUCCCGGCCAGCACUGCAACGCUCACCGCCAAAGCCUACGAAUUGCUGGAGCGCGAUGGUUUGACCGAGGAGGUUGUGAAUAAUUUCAUCAUAGUCUCGCACUGGGCCGAGGGGAUGUCCAGGAAGUUCUCUAAAACGGACAACGCGCUCCUCGGCAUACCGUCGCUUUCGGAGGAGGAUGUGAAGGCUAUGAUCAAGAAGAAGCUGGAAUCAUUGUAG